AUGGUAAAUGUGCAGUGCUCAGGGGUGACGGUCAAGGGUCUUCGAUGCAAGCUGUUUGUGUCUCAGGAGGUGCAAUAUUGUCAUUAUCACAAGAAUCAACAACUGAGGAAUGUCGAUCAUCAGCAUGUUAAAAAAUUUCAGAGGUCAAGAACAACACCUGCUUCAUCAAAUCCCCAAAAGAGGCAAGAGAGGGUAGAAGCUCAGAAAGGUUUUAUAUAUGUCUAUACCUUACAGCACUUAGCAACACCAAGACCCAAAAAGAAAGACUGGUUACAAGUGAAUAAAUUGGAGAAAUCUGAAGCCAAAGAACGCAGUUGGAAAGUGUUCAAUCCUAAAAAGCAUAUCUUGAUAAAGAUUGGAUUGACAACUGGGACUGUUGAUAAAAGGCUCAAACAAUGGGAAUCCAAAUGCAACCACUCGUUAACAUACCUAAAUCCAUACACAAACUAUGAAACAACUAAUUCGUUAAAAGCAUUAUUCAAAAACCUUAGAAUCAAAUCAACUGGUAGUCCAUUAAGAUUCUAUAAAGAAGAGGGACACGGCUUUUAUACAAUCAAAAACCUUGCAAAGAUUGAACGUGAAAUACACAAUAGACUAUGGAAAUCCUUUGGAAGGGGUGAUAUGGUUUGUCAUGGUUGUUCACAAGAUAAAGGUUAUGGUAUUCAUAUUGAAUGGUUUAUGUUGGAGAGAAAAAAUUUGAAAAAAUGUUUCGAACUGAUAGAUGAUGUCUGUUCAGCUUAUGGUCAAUGA